CCCUUUCACUCUCUUUCUGCACAGUUACAAUUCUCAAACGGAAAGAAACAAACUCUGAACAAGAAAAGAAAAAAUAACAAUGAAAACCCAACGCCCUCACCAACUCUUCCUAUUAUCAAUCAUCAUCUUCGCAUCUACAUUCUCAUAUCUACAAUCAGUAACCGCCACCGGAGAACAAUCUCCAACCACCGGAACCACCGGCGACAUCGAAUUCAUCCGUUCAAGCUGCAACACAACACUCUACCCUGACAUAUGCUACACUUCCCUCUCUCGUUACGCCAAUGCAGUCCAACAGAAUCCCGGCCAACUCGCUCGCAUCGCCAUCGCCGUAAGCUUCUCCAAAGUCCACCGCACCGCUUCUUACCUCUCCAACCUCACUCGCGUCGCCGAUUAUGGUGGAAACUCCCGCGCCGCUCUCGCUCUCCAUGACUGCUUCUCUAACCUCAACGACGCGGUGGAUGAAAUCCGCGGCUCGAUUAAACAGAUGCGCCAGAUAGGAUCCGCCGGUGCCGGAGCCAGCACCAGCGCCGAUUCGUUUCUUUUUCAGAUGAGUAACGUCCAGACGUGGAUGAGCGCGGCGCUUACCGAUGAAGAAACGUGUACCGAUGGAUUUCAAGAUGUGGAGAAUUGUCCGAUGAAAACGGACGUUAACAAUCGUGUGACGAAGGUGAAGAAGUUCACCAGCAAUGCUUUGGCGUUGGUUAACGGUUACGCCAGUAAAGGAAUGCCGUGAGAUUGUAACCGUUGGAUUUGGCUAUUAUCUUUUCCCAUCUCAGAAUUGUUCGAUUAAAGAAUAGUUUUACUUUUAUUAUUACUGUGUAUGCAAAAGUGCAGUGUGCAUGUGAAUGUUCAAUGUAAAUUUUGGUUCUGGUUUUA